AUGGAUCUCAUACAGGCCUGCCGUUUGCCUAGAUCACUAGCCAUUAUUAAAACAAAAGCCCAUUCUACAUUUGACACCCCUGAGGCCAAGGGAAAUAACAUGGCUGAUACAGCAGCCAAAGCAGCUGCUAAAUCUGGGAGGAUGCCAAGUUGGCUGAAUAUCUCUCAGGUUUCCACUUCCUCAUCUGUGCUGACUAGUGCUAUGCUCCCACCUAUUGACAUUGUGGCCAUUCAAGCUACAGCCUCAGUGGCAGACAAAACUUAUUGGGAAGAGCUGGAUGCUCGUCCUGAUUCCUCUGGAAUUUUGCUGGAUGCCAAUGGCCGUGUGUGCAUUCCUUCUGUUUGUGCACCUUUUCUCGUCCGUGAGUUUCACGGUGUCACACAUCGCGGCCGAAGAGGGGUACUGGACACAAUGAUGUCUUUUCUGUGUAUACUUAACUUAUCACAUCAUGUUAACAGCACAUUAGACAGAUGUUUAGUUUGUGCUCAAAAUCAUGUGACUAAACCACGGGCUAAACACCAACAGCUGCAAAUUCCAGAAGGCCCAUUCCAGCAAUGGCAGGUAGAUUUUACUCACCUUCCUAAGAGGGGACCACAUAAAUAUCUUUUGGUGUUUGUAGAUAGGUUUUCAAAAUGGGUUGAAGCGUUCCCCUGUGCGAAGGAAGAUGCAAAAACUGUAAUUUUAUAUCUAACAAAACACAUUAUUCCCAGAUAUGGUAUACCAUGUGGCAUUGACUCUGACAAAGGCACUGCUUUCACAGCAAAGGUGAUUCAAGGCCUUGCUAAAGAAUUAGGCAUUACAUGGCACUUGCACAUACCAUACCACCCACAGUCAUCAGGUGUAGUAGAGAGAACUAACAGAACAAUCAAAGACAAAUUGAAAAAAGCCAUGCAGAGCAUGGGACGCUCUGACUGGCCUGCAUUAAUCCCAGUGGUACUGGCGGACAUGAGAAUGUCCCCUCACAAGGGACUCCAGGGGCUGUCACCCUAUGAAACAGUAAUGGGUAGACCCUUUUCAGCCCCCUGGAGAAAGGGAGGGCAUGCACUGGGUGAUGGCUCGUGUGAUGUUCAUAUUAGCGAGUAUAUGCAACAACUGAUUGGGGUUUUGAACCAAUACUGGGCUAAAUUACAUUCCUGUGCAGCACCAAUGCCAGAGGAUAAAACACACCCCUUCAAGGUUGGGGACAAAUUAUUAAUUAAACAAUUUGCUAAGAUGGGUAAGGGUCUUUCUGACACCAAAUAUAGGGAACCCGCUGAAGUUGUUGCAGUCACUCGAACUGCCGUCUUAACUUUCUCUUUCCCACAGUGGAUCCAUCUACUGUUUAAAGUUUGUUUGCAAAUAUGUGUAUAUACAGUCAUAAUCUGUCUUGAGAUUCUCCUUUCUUUCUAAUUCUAACAUCGUCUGGAAGAUAAACUGUAUGGUUGCUAUCUGAUAGCAGAGGAGCUGAACACGCAGCGCUGUUUAUCAAAUAGAAACUGUCAGUUCACACCAUGAGCUGGAGAAGUGUGUCUGUUGUUGUGACUGGACUUAUCACCCUAUGCUUGGCGGUGUUGAUUUCACUGCCUGCCUUACGUCACCAGCACAGGCGAUGGAGUGAGCAUGGAUAUUUCGAUUGGGAGGAAGAGCCAGGAGAGGAUCCUAUUGGAGUGAACCUGUGGUAUAAAUAUGUGAAGGUUUUGGUAAAAUCAUACAAUGUGUCGAAUUGUUAUGUUUGUUCAGUGAUUCCUCACUCAGCCUAACAGAACACCCUAUAUGGUAAACCAAUGAAUAAAACUCAGGCUUAGUGUUAUGCAAGCUUUGCUGGAUGUGGUUAUCAGAACCCCCAAAUUCAAAUAAAUGAUUCUGAUAGUGAUAGGACAGGCCUAAAAAAUGGAACCUGUGAUUCAAUGUUUUGGGUAAAAUUUAAUCAUACCUCACAAAGAAGACCAAUUGGACACAAGGUUUUCUUUAACCACACCUUGAAGCAUCCUAUAUGUUAUAAUCAGACCAAUGGCACUAUCUAUAUGGGCAGCACUCUCAACUGUGAGCAGAUAUGGUGCAGUGGCGAGGGAGCGCCCGUAAGUAUGUCGGGCCCCUCUAAUGGCACCUAUAUUGUCCAAGGUGGAUGGUGGUUAUGUGGGCGAACAGCCUACAUGUCACUACCCGCAAACUGGAUUGGUCAAUGUGCCCCAAUACAUGUUACUGAUCACACGUUCAUCAUGGCCACUGCACCCGGCACUGGAUCAAGGAAAAGACGACGAAGUGUGCCUACUUUUGUGCCCCAUGACCCCAUAUGGGGUGAGGACGUUCCUGAUUCAAACUAUGGUCCACGAGUAACAAGGUCACAUUGUCCUUGUUUCCUCAGAUAGGUGUGGGAAAGGUUAUGCUAAGGCUUGAAACAUUGGAUUACAGGUUGGGAUUAUUCAUUAAUGCAUCUCAAGUUAUAGAUAAGGCCCAAAAUAAAGAGAUCUCUAACAUUAGGACUAUGGUAAUGCAAAAUAGGAUGGCACUCGACCUUUUGACUGCCUCUGGUGGAGGUGUGUGCGUAUUACUGAACACGACAUGUUGCACUUGUAUAUCAGAUGACAUCAAUAGUGAUGCUAUGAGAGAUGCCUUAGGUACCCUGACUAAAUUGAAAAAUGCUAUGACAGCUGACUAUCGCCCCGAACAUAACGGUGGAUGGAAUAUUUUCCACAAUCUUUUUGGCUGGGUGACGCCUUUUAUAUCGAUGAUGAUUCCUAUUAUUGUUGUUGUAUUACUGAUUUGCUGUUGCGGCCCAUGUCUUGUACAAUGUAUAAUGAAUCGUGUUUAUGCUACCAUUGAGAGUAUGACUGAUCGCGGGUAUGAGCGACUUCCUAUGCGUUAGGCUUUUUAGAGCCUAAAAGAGGGGAUUGAAGGAUUUGAUUAUUAUGUGUGUGUAUUCUACUGUUUUUACAGACUGUUUUUCUUGUUCUCUCUACUGUGUCUCUACACUGCAGAAUUGUGUGUGGGUAUGCAUAUUCUGUUCAUCUUAUCUCGGUGUGGCUGGAACAUUCCGUCCCUCUCCUUUGGGUGCAAAAAGUCUAUGUCCGACUCGCUCACAGAUGCGCAUACCUACACGCACACAUUCUCACGUAUCCUGGUUGCUGUAAGCUGUCUCUGUAUCGCUGUUUCCCUCCUUCUAUGAUAAUAUUCUUUUGUGUUAGGGCUCAGCUGCAGGCUGACCCUCAAUGUCUAUAUAAGAUUGCUCUUCCCUCCCUUGUGUCAGAAUAAAAUCAUA